AUGGGAAGCUCUCGCGGUAGGGGAAGACCGCCGAAAAAGGUGACUCAAUCGACGGGAUCGAAGCAUGGGGACAACACAACUUCGCCGGCAACAACCACGCCGGUGACCACAACUACACUGGUGGAGAAUGAGACGGUGAUUACAGAGAAGAGUCUUGAUAAGAAGGAGACGGGAAGUGAUGAGAAAGGAAAGAGGGAAGCAGAACCUAAGGCAAACAACAAAUGGAAACAACUUCAGUAUGUAGCACCAAAGAUUAACGACGGUAUCAUUGAAGUUGAAAUUGAAGAAAAGGAUGUGGAAUCGGAAAUUAGGUUUUGGGAGAAUUCGCUCAUCAUGUAUGUGAUUGGAACCAAUUUGAGCAUGAAUGCGAUGAAGAACUACAUGAGUCGGAUGUGGAAUUUUGUUGCACUUCCAGAUAUGUACUACAAUGAUGAAGGCUACUUCAUCCUCAAAUUCAAGAAUGGAGAUGCGAGAGAUGAAGUUAUGAUGAGAGGUCCUUACACUUUUCAGAACAAACCUAUGAUUCUAUUGGAAUGGAGGCAUGAUUUUACUAUGGCAAAGGAUAUGCUCAGAUCCAUUCCCAUUUGGAUUAAGCUACCCAAUCUCCCUUUGCCUAUGUGGGGAGCAUCAAGCCUAGGGAAGAUUGGUAGUGCAGUGGGUAUACCCUUGUUUACAGAUGAGUGUACAGCUGAGAAACUUAGAGUGAGCUAUGCUAGGUUACUGGUGGAGGUGGAUGUCACACAGAAAUUAUGUGAGGAAAUUACCAUCAGGGACCAUGAAGGGAAGCUAAGGAAGUAG